GCUCUGCUUGCCUGCAAGACAUCUUCUCUGUUGUUGGGAACACAGAGAGCCUUUCCAUCAUGAGCUUCAGUGGAAAGUAUCAACUCCAGUCRCACGAAAAUUUUGAACCUUUUAUGAAAGCCCUCGGGCUUCCUGAUGAGCAGAUCCAGAAGGGCAAGGACAUGAAGAGCACCUCGGAAAUUGUGCAGAAUGGGAAAAAGUUCAAGCUUACUGUGACCACCGGCAGCAAAGUUAUGACUAGUGAGUUCACUAUUGGGGAGGAGAGCGAGCUAGAGCUGAUGACAGGAGAGAAGGUCAAGGCUGUUGUGCAGAUGGAAGGUGACAACAAGCUGGUGGCAACCGCAAAAGGAAUCAAAUCCGUCACCGUGCUCGAUGGAGACACCCUCACCAAUACCAUGACCAUGGGAGAUAUCACCUACAAGAGAAUCAGCAAGAGAAUCUAGAAAUCCUGUGCAUGCUUAUCAUUUUACUGUGUAAAAUACGUUCAUUGGAGUCACAUUUAUAUUAAAGACC